CGCGCUCUGAUCGGAUGUGUUUUCAUACUAGCAGGAUUUUCGCAUUACGAAAAUCGAUUAAACACUUUUCUCACUAAUGGAAUUUUGAAAAUGAGUUGCUUUCCAUACGGCCCCAGAGGUAAUACUUAUUCUCAGUUUGAUAGAUCGGAAAUAACACAGCGUUGGGCGACUAAUCCUACUCAUGGUACUGACUCUACAGUUGACAGAACACCUGCACCACCCUUACGGACAACAAGCGCACCUCUUGGAAGUUCCAUUGAAAAUAUAUCCUUUAAGCCAAAUAAACCAUUACCACUUACACCGGUGGAAGAAGAAAAACGUGACAAAAAGAAACAUAAAAGUGGUGUCAGUAGACUUGGAAAAUUCAAACCAUCUACUAUGCCGAAUAUAUCAGCACCGGUCAAUGUUAUGCAUAAAGUACACAUCACAAUAGAUCCAGUUACUGGUGAAUUUGAGGGUAUGCCUCCAGAAUGGUCUCAUAUGCUAACGAUGGCUGGUAUCACAAAGUGGGAACAACAACAAAAUCCAACCGUUGUACUGAAUGUGUUAAAUUUACUGAGCAGGAAAGAUGAUACUCCUCAAAAAUAUAUGACUAGUAUUGUCGGACCACCAAGUGCGUUGGAUCUAUCUUCAAAUGAUCAAAUUAAUAAUUCAAACGAUUUAAAUGUUGGUCAAGCACUUUCAUUGCCAACAUCAAAUUGUACUCAAUGUUGUACACCGGAUACAGAACGAAUUACCUCAAUAACUAGAAUAUCAUGUUCAGUUGAAGUAGGACCAAGAAGUAGCAGUUUGAGCAGUGGUCGUGGCAGUAGUGAAGGCAUUGGAAGUCGUAGUGGAAGUGGCAGUGGUGGUGCUGUUAGUCGAAGCAGCAGUAGCGGUCAUGGUAUUGGUGGAAGUGUCCAAAUGUCUGGUAUGGUUCUUAGUCCUUCUGGUGGUUCCAGUGCAGCUAUCCCUCUGUCAAAUAGUUAUGGUAGUCCAAGCAGUAGUCAUUCCUCAAGUGCAGGAAGUGCACCAACAGCGCCAUCAGCCGUUAUCAAUGGAGUUGAACUUAUACCUGCACCGCUUCUUCCCCAUAAAUUAUCAUUUAGUUCUUCAAGUCAAGUGUUAAAUUAUUCCACAAUGUCUAACCAAUCUAUGGAUAAUGCAGCUAACACUUUUAUGCUUAAUUCAAUGUCCGAUUCCCAUGCACUUCAUCAAUCUUCACUUACUUUACCGCCAUUAGCUCCAGCACUUCAUAAUCAUACGUGUGCUAUUGGAAGUGCCAGUUGUUCACCUGUCUCUUAUCAACAACAACAUCAUCAUACUAAUUUAGCGUCUCAUCGAGAGACUACUGAAUCCGGGAUUCAUUCAGAUCAUGAAUUACGAUCAGUAAUUAUGGGCUCCUCAACUAAUUUAAACACUGUCACUAGUGUCAAUGUUAGUCGUUCUAUGCCGCCUAUUACAUCUCCUUAUGUAUUGCAUCCAAUUUCAUCAUCCUCCUCCUCUAAACAACCUCAUUUAGAGUUGAUCAAUCAAACUAGCCAGAAAACUUCUUGGCAUCCACAAAUUCAUUCACAUUUAACCAAUGCACCACCUUUAUCACCUGGUCUACCAAGACGAUUUGUUGAUGGUAUUCUACCAUCAUCAUCUGACAUAUCUAAUCAUGCUACUACUACUAUUCAAUAUUGUUCAUCAGGUCAAUCAUCUCCAUCUCCAGCAGGAUCUGCUACUCCAGUGCCUACACCACGACGUGAAUCACUAUCUGGCACACCAUCAUGUCAACGAACAAUUUUAUCCAUAAACAAUAAUAAUAAUAAUAAUAAUAACAAUGUUACUUUGGUCAAUAAUACUAGUGUAAAUCCACCACCAAUAGCUAUGCGUCCAGAGAAAACAAAAUCUAUAUACACUCAACCGAUUAGUGAAGAUAACAAUUUACCAAUUCAAUCAUUCAACAAUAAUUCACAGAAUAUUCAUGAUGAUUCAUCUUCACGGAUUAUUGCAACAUCUCUACUACUCCCUGAUGUUUAUCUACAGUCGACUGAUACUGGUUUACCAGUAAAAAAUUCUAAUUCUUAUGAAUUCGAUGACGGACCAACAAUGAUUUCGACUAAAACUACAACGGCUAACCCUACUGUUUCCGAUGAUCAAAGUGUUGUAAUUGAUGAAUCAGUCUCUUUAAUCAAUCAGCAUCGAUUAGAUUUGUUAAAGACCAAUACAACUGUUACCAAUACUACCACUACUACUAUCACCACUAAUACUGAUAUCAAUACUGUCACAACUACACCAAUAUCCAUGACACCGACAACAAUGCCUAUAACUAAUCUUUCUUCUAUGCAUAGUCAUCAUCAUCAUUAUCCUUGUCAUCCGCAUAAUGUAACUUGUACAGCUAAAUCAAUCAACAAUCAUCAACAGAUUUUGUCAAAUACUAUGACCACAAGCUCUGUCGAUAAUAACCAUACUAAAAGCACAUUAGAACGUAACAAUGUGAAUAAAAAGUGUAAAUCUAAAAUGACCGAUGAAAUGAUACAAGAGAAACUUCGAAUGAUUGUUAGCAUUGGUGAUCCAAAUAGAAAGUAUCAACGAUUAGAAAAAAUUGGUCAAGGUGCAUCUGGUGUUGUUUACAGUGGUAUUGAAUCAGCAACUGGACGUCGUGUUGCAAUUAAACAAAUGAAUUUAAAGAAACAACCUAAAAAAGAAUUGAUUGUCAAUGAAAUUUAUGUCAUGAAAGUGAAAAAGCAUCCAAAUGUUGUGAAUUAUUUAGAUAGUUAUCUUAUUGGUGAUGAAUUAUGGGUUGUAAUGGAAUAUUUAGACGGUGGUUCAUUAACAGAAGUUGUCACUGAAACAUUAAUGGAUGAAGGACAAAUUGCAGCGGUAUGCAAAGAGUGUUUACAAGCAUUGGAAUUUCUGCAUAAAAAUCAAGUGAUUCAUCGUGAUAUUAAAUCAGAUAAUAUUUUAUUAGGAUUAGAUGGUUCAGUGAAAUUGACCGAUUUCGGUUUUUGUGCUCAACUUAGUCCAGAACAAACAAAACGUUCUACCAUGGUUGGUACACCAUAUUGGAUGGCACCGGAAGUAGUAACAAGGAAACAAUAUGGACCAAAAGUCGAUAUAUGGUCACUUGGUAUUAUGGCAAUUGAAAUGAUUGAUGGUGAACCGCCUUAUUUAAAUGAAAAUCCUGUUCGUGCUCUUUAUUUAAUUGGUACUAAUGGUAAACCGGAAAUUAAAGAACGUGAUAAAUUAAGUCCAGAAUUUCUAGAUUUCCUUGAUCGAUGCCUUGAAGUCAAUGUAGAUCUACGUGCAUCUGCAUUUGAAUUACUUAAACAUCCAUUUAUUGUACGACGUUCGAAACCGUUGUCAUCUUUAACGCCACUCAUUUUAGUCGCUCGAGAUCAAGCUAGAAAUCAAACACAAUAAUAAUAAUAAUAAUUUUAUCAAACAAUAAUGCAUUAUCAUACACAUGACGAUGCUGAUGUGGUUGUUAUAAUUCAAACGAACAAAAUUCUCUUCUAAUUCGUGUACUACUACUACUACUGAUUAUAUGAAAAAAUACACGAGAAAAAAAAAAGAUAUAACUUCCAUAGAAUUUUGUUUGAUUGAUUGAAUUCGUACUGUUGUCAAUAAAAUAUCCAAAUCUUUCUACUUACUACUACACUUAUAUCUCUUCUAUAGCCCAUUAAAUUACCCUCCACCUCAUCAUCAUCAUCAAUCAUUUCUGAUUCAGUCAACUAUUAUUCGCGGAAAGACGGAGUGCGAGCUGGAAGGAGAACCACAAACAGAUAUUCUAACAUGCUUGUUUGUUUCAUUCUAAUCUCAGUAUCAAUUAUGUGUAAUUUUUUCUAGUGCAAAAAAUUGAAUACUGAAAGAUUAAUGUAAACAUUGAUUUUGCAACAAACCAAUAAACAAUAGAAGAUAUAAAUUUCCAGUCUCUUACAUUGUUCUGCUGUAAAAUACAUCUGUGUAUAAUAGUAAUUGGAGAAUUCACAGUAUUCUUUGAAACUGUCGUACAGUACUCUCCUAUACACAUUCACAUUCAUGCAGACAGGAAGUCAUUUAUUUUGUUGUGCAUAUGAAUCGAUCAUUACCAUUUAAUACCGAUAAAGAACCGUUUCAUACUGCCUUCUCAUCCAUUGUGUCUACACAUUGUCCUAUAUAUAUAUAUAUAUAUAUGUGCCCGAGCGUGCAGAUGGUGUGUAGUUCACAGGUGAACGUGUUCCUGUUGUUUAUUGACUAUUAUUUUUCCCUUUUAAAAACUUAUUGAAUUGCUCAUACCAAAAACAUAAACUAUAUAUAUAUAUAUAUACAUAUAUAUGAUAUUCCUGUACUGAACAUCGAACAAUAUCUCACAUACAAUAAUGCAAUAAAUAUUCAACAAAAUUCAUACCAUUUGUCUAAUGUUCAUUUUAAAUUGAUUUACACCAAAAAGAAAACUAUGUCUUCCUUGUCUAAAAUUCGAUCCAAUUGAAAUGAUCGUGUACUCCAGGCAAUAUGUCUGUGCACAUCGACACAUACUGAUGAAUAGAUUAAUUCUCUUCCGAAAUGAUUGUCUAUUUUUUCUUUUCUCUAAUUGCUUUUUUUCUGUUUAAUUUCAGAUUUCUUUUCCAUUUUUUUCCCCUCUUCAAAAUUAUAAAGUUUGUUGAUGUGAUAUUGUUGUUUUUCAUACUGAAUUCGUACAGUUAACUCAUUGCACUAUAUAUGAUGAUCAGUUCUUUCUCUCUCUCUCUCUCUCUCAUAUAUAUAUAUACACAUUAAUUUCAUUCGUGUGUAUGUAGUAUAUUCAUGGUGUAGUGUAAUCCAAAUGAUUACACUUACUGUCAAAAGAACACAUAGUUUACUGGUCGAGCCGGAGGGGGGCAGGAGGCUGAAUGGUAAUCGUGUUUCACUGUUGUUGUGUUUUUUGUUAUGCAUGACAAUUUUAUUCCUUAAAAAUAAUGUCAACUACUGUUUUUCUGAUUUCUGUUUAUCAUUUAAUACAAUGGUCUUUUUGCGCAGAUGUGUUAUAUGCGGCAUAUGUAGAUGAUUACUUUCAAUGCCUGUGAUGAAUGAGGAUGUUGUUGUUGUUGUUGAUGAUGGUUGUGUGUGUGUGUGUGUGUAUCAGAAGAAUUCGAUGUUUUAUCAUCAUUUCCGUUUCUAUUAAAUUGUAUGAACAACAUUUUUCCGAUUUGUUUUCCUCUUCCUUUCUCUUGAUUGAUUGUGUUGACCUCGAAAUUGAUUGAUUAUUUUUAAUUUUUAUCAAAAUAUAAAUAAAAAAUUUUGAUAUGCACAACAUCAUUCAAUCUAUGGAAGCGUCUACCAACACAAUUCACGUACACAUGUGAAAUCAAAGUUCAAAACACAACGAUUUUUUUUCUAAAGAACAAUUCUUUUAUUGAAAAAAAUCAAUCAUAAAUAUAAAUUGGGUACAA